AUGGUUGAAUCAAGUUCAUUUUCAACAAAUUUAGCUGAACAAAACCAUGAGCUAACAUUUAACAUACAGACAUCUAUGGAUACAAAUAUACUAUCAGGCGUCAAUAGCGAAAUUUCUACUCCUCCAACUUCUGCCACUACAUGCAAUCCGAUAACAACUAUUACAAAUCUAAAUGAUAAUGUCAACGAAUCACCUAUGAAAAAGGCAAAAUUAAGCAAUAGUACAGAAAAUAAACAACGUUUAUUAGAAGAUAGAUUAGGUAGUAUACUAUCAUGUUGCAUUUGUCUUGAUUUAUCAAAUUUACCGAUGUAUCAAUGUCCAAAUGGUCAUUUGAUGUGUGGUAAUUGUUUUAGUCAUCUAUUAGCCGAUGGAAAACUCAAAGACGAAUUAACAACUUGUCCUAACUGUCGUUGUGAAAUUAAUAAAUCCAAUUGUUGUAGAAAUUUAGCGGUGGAAAAAGCAAUAAGCGAAUUACCAAUUCUAUGUGAAUAUUGUCUUAAUACACUUCUUAGAUAUGAAAUAAAAAUUCAUCAAAGUCAGUUAUGUACUGAUCGGCCUACCGCAUGUGAUUAUAAUUUGAUUGGAUGUACAUGGAAUGGUGCCUAUCAUAAUUUAGAAUCUCAUUUAGGUGUUUGUCAAUAUCCAUCGAAAGCGGGUAUCGAACUGUUAGAUACAUUAAAAGAAAAAAAACAAAUAGCUGAAGAUGAAAAAAAAUGUUUAGAAACCGUUGUUGAUCUAUUAUCAUUGAAUCAAAUAGGUGUCUCAGAUUUAGUAUUAAAACCGUUUCGUACAGAUGAUUUUGUUGCCAAGUUAUAUUUUGAAACAUCACGUUUUACAUGUUUAUCACUUCAAUGGUGUGUACGUGCAAGAAUAAACGAUAAUACUCCACAUCCACAAUUGACAAUGAAUCGUACAUUAAGUUACCAGUUAGUAUUAAAAUCGAAAAUAACACAAACAAUUGAUUUAAAAUUUUUUAUUUUACGUGGACCACAUGGUGAUUUACAAGCGUUUAAACCUAUUAUCUAUUCAUUUGAAUUUAGUCCAAAUCAUACAGAAACAGAAUAUUUAAAAUUGCCAAUAUCAUCAGCAGAAUGUAAUAAAUUAUUAUCGUCAACAUCAAUUAGUCUUCGUUUAUUAAUGGUUCAAGUAGAACGAAAUAAAGAAUGA